AUGGGUAGAGCUGUGGUGCGCCUAGUUGUGUGCCUUGCUCUUCUGACCAUGCUUCUAUUGGUUGCUGCAGAUGAUAAGAAUGAAGGAAACAACAACAACAAUGACGAUGACAACAACAACAAUGACGACGACAACAACAAACAAGAGGAUGGAAAAGAUCACGAUAGUCCUCCUUCCAAAGAUGGAAAAGAUCACAAUCCUCCACCUCCUCCAGAAGAUGAAGGAAAAACGCACCAUCCUCCACCUCCUCCACAGAAAGUACAAAAUCCUCCUCCACCUCCCCCAGAGAAAGUAAAAAGUCCUCCUCCACCUCCACCAAAAAAUGUAGGGAAUCCUCCUCCUCCUCCACAAAAAAUAGGGAAUCCUCCUCCGCCUCCUCCAGUACAAAAUUCUCCUCCACCUCCUCCGCAAAAAGUAGGGAAUCCUCCUCCAGUAAAGAAUCCUCCUCCGCCUCCUCUAGUUCAAAAUCCUCCUCCACCUCCUCCACAAAAAAUAGGGAACCCUCCUCCACCUUCUCCACAAAAUGUAGGAAAUCCUCCUCCACCUCCUCCACAAAAAGUACCAAAUCUUCCCCCACCUCCUCAACAGGAAUUAGGGAAUCCUCCUCCACCUUCUCCACAAAAUGUAGGAAAUCCUCCACCUCCUCAACAAGAAUUAGGGAAUCCUCCUCCACCUCCUCCACAAAAAACAGAGAAUCCUCCACCUCCUCAACAAAAAGUAGAGAAUCCUCCUCCACCUCCUCAACAAGAAGUAGGAAAUCCUCCUCCACAAAAAACAGAGAAUCCUCCACCUCCUCAACAAAAAUUAGAGAAUCCUCCUCCACCUCCUCAACAAGAAGGAGGAAAUCCUCCUCCACAAAAGGUAGAGAAUUCUCCUCCACCUUCAGAGAAUCCUCCACCACCUUCCCCAGAGAAAGUACAAAAUCCUCCUCCACCUCAACAAGAAGUAGGGAAUCCUCCUCCACCUCUUCAACAGGAACUAGGGAAUCCUCCACCUCCUAAACAGGAAGCAGGGAAUCCGCCACCAGCUCAACAGGAAGGAGGGAAUUCUCCUCCACCUCCUCCAGAGGAAGUUCAGAAUCCUCCUCCACCUCCUCAACAGAGAGGAGAGAACCCUCCACCUUCUCCCCAGAAUGAGAACAAGGCCAAGUGCAAAGUGAAGAAGUACAAGAGUUGUUAUGGUCAGGAGUUCAGUUGCCCUUCAAGUUGUCAAGGGGGAGAUUGUGUGGUAGAUUGCGAAUCUUGCAAGCCCGUUUGUAAGUGUGACAUGCCAGGCGCAGUUUGCCAAGACCCAAGAUUCAUAGGUGGUGAUGGCAUCACUUUCUAUUUCCACGGUAAGAAAGACCGCGACUUCUGUCUCAUCUCCGACUCCAACGUCCACAUUAAUGCCCACUUCGUUGGCCGUCGCAACAAGGACAUGCACAGGGACUUCACCUGGGUCCAAUCCUUGGGAGUCCUCUUCGACUCUCACCGCUUCUACGUCGGUGCUCUCAAGACUUCCACUUGGGACCAGUCUGUCGAUCGCCUCGCCCUCACUUUUGACGACGAACCCAUCUUCCUCCCUCAAUCUGAAGGUGCCACUUGGAAAUCCACCUCCACCCCUGCUGUGUCCAUCGCUAGAACACGCUCCACCAACUCUGUCACCUUCGAAGUUGAAGAUAACUUCAGGAUUAUGGCCACGGUGGUCCCCAUCACAGAGAAAGAGUCUCGGGUUCACAACUAUGGCAUAACUAAGGAUGACUGCUUCGCUCAUCUAGAGUUGGGCUUCAAAUUCUAUAUGUUGAGCGAGGAUGUUCAUGGGGUGUUGGGUCAGACAUAUAGGAAUGACUACACCAGUAGGGUUAAGAUAUCGGCGGAAAUGCCUGUGAUGGGUGGGGUUCGUGAGUUCUCCUCAUCAGAUCUAUUCUCCAUUGAUUGCUCUGUCGCCCGCUUCCACCAAGGUCGGCUUCCGAUCACUGGAACUACUUCUGAAUAUGCUAGUAUGGAGUGUAGGAGUGGCGUGAUUGGCCGUGGCAUUGUUUGCAAGAAGUAAAUUGAUGUAUUAAUCUUUUGUGGCUUGAUUGUUUCACUAUGUUCCCAUCUCAUCAUGUCAUUUGAUUAGAGUUACUUCUCCAUGUUGUCAACUG